GAUGGACCAUAUCUCUCUAAUAAGCUGACGGAGAAUGGACACUUGUACCAAAUGGCACAAGGUAUGCAGAGGCAGAUGUUUGGUAAGAUUAUAAUGUCUCCAUGCCUCCAUUGGCACUCAUGCGUCGCCAUAGACGAAAGCAGGCCUCGAGGGAUGUCUUCGGCGACGAUAUCAGGUACGUCACUUGAGCAGAAGCCAACGGGAUGCUUGAGCAGAUGGACUUUGCAUUAGUAUCCUUCGAAAUGCCCGACCAGAGUAAUAUCGUCCCUGACUCCACUAAAUCUUAUCCUUCUAGGCGUGCCGAUAUAGCCGUUCACAGCAUACAUGAUGGUCCUCGGCGUCCAGCAUCAGACGACGCCAUGCCGCCCAAGUUUGUUAGAAUGGAACGAGUCCAGGAGGCCGGUCUCUGCGCAGGCAACAAACACCUACCCGACUGUAAGGAUAUCCCUACAAUCAAAGGUGACUCCGUCGGUGUAGUAGCUUCGCAGAAAGGGUGUUCCCACUCGAAACCUGUCACAGCCACCAAGGGAAAAGAUCGAAAUACGGCUUUGAAGACGCAGAAGAAACCAUCAAAAAAUGCACGGGUGCCGUGCCCCAAGGAGGGAUGCAACACGACCUUCGUGUCAAACUCAGAAAGGAACCGCCACGUCAGAACGAGCAGAGAUCACGUUUCGCAGGGCGCAUUCAAAUGUGAUUUUUGUGGUGAUCUUUUGUCGCGCAACGACAGAUCGCGUUGCCCUCCAUGACACAAUUGAUCAUCGCCUAAAGA